AUGAAGCGAUGGGCGGCGACUCUGGUGCAGUCUUACUGGAGACGACACGAAGCUUACGGUCGUGUCCGUGAAGAACGAAAGAUUCAACGUACACGAUGGAAACAACUCGUCGACACGUACAACCAGCACGGCGCAGGACCAGGAGCGCCAUUUUUCUUCAACCAAAUUAACGGCGAGAUCCGCUGGCGUUUGCCACGAGAUCUGUUGUCCCUCACGUUUCGUCCGACUUGCGCUCAAUGUGAAACGCCUCAAAGUGCAAGCUUCGAGUGUGCAACAUGCUGCGAGUUUUUUUGUGAUCAUUGCGACGCAGUUGUCCAUGGUGGAGGCAAAAGGCGGCAACACAACAAGCGAAAGUUGUUUGACUAUUACGGUCGACGCCGAGACUUUGGAGACGGCGAGUUCCCGUCGAUUUGGCCCUCGGAAAUCCUUCAGGAUGCUUCAAGAGGCUACGAUUUCGUGAAUUUGGUGCCUCGCGACAACUACCAGGAAAUGUUGUGGGAGAUCUCGCAGUUUGUGCCCGUGUCUACUGGCAACUGGGACGACGAUUGUCUUAGCCGACCUGCUGGGCCACUAAACCACCUCCUGUAUCGCGAAAAAGACGUCGAUGAACACGGUGCGAGUCUCUGGGAGAGCUUCUACGACUACGCACAGGGAGAGUAUCGCUACUACCACCGCAUCUCCAAGAGAGUUGUCUCGCAUCCACCAGGUUAG